AUGAGAGGAGCUGGGGCAUCGACCCUGGGCCUGCUCGGUGCUGCGAGCCCUGCUGCUCCUCCACGGGGUCUGGCUGUGUCGCUGCUCCGGCCUCUGCCUCGCAAGUCCCCGGGCGCCGCAGCAGGCUUCCAGCCAGAGCCGGCUCUCUGCGGGCUUGUGCUGACGCUUUGGUCGAACCCACUCACUCGGUGCAAGAACACCAACAGGCCGUCAGGCUGGGCCGCCCGCACUGAGCUCCCGGAAGAGCUCCCGCUGUCGCGACCCACAGCACGCGUUCUCUUUGCAGAUACACUGUUCCAGCUGAAGUUCACAGCGAGGCAGCUGGAGAAGCUGGCCAGGAAGGCUGAGAAGGACGCCAAGACUGAGCAGGCCAAAGUGAAGAAGGCCCUUCAGCAGAAGAACGUGGAGUGUGCCCGCGUGUACGCAGAGAACGCCAUCCGCAAGAAGAACGAGGGUGUGAGCUGGCUGCGCAUGGCGUCCCGCGUGGACGCAGUGGCCUCCAGAGUGCAGGCAGCGGUGACCAUGAAGGGGGUGACGAAGAGCAUGGCGCAGGUAACCAAGGCCCUGGACAAGGCCCUGAGCACCAUGGACCUGCAGAGGGUCUCCGCGGUCAUGGACAGGUUCGAGCAGCAGGUGCAGGACCUGGAUGUGCACACCUCGGUGAUGGAGGACUCCGUGAGCUCGGCCACCACGCUGAGCACGCCCCAGGAGCAGGUGGACAGCCUCAUCGUGCAGAUCGCCGAGGAGAACGGCCUGGAGGUCCUGGACCAGCUCAGCCAGCUGCCCGAGGGCGCCUCGGCCGUGGGCGAGAGCUCUGGGCGCAGCCAGGAGGACCAGCUGUCCCGCAGGUUGGCUGCCUUGAGGAAUUAGCCGUCCCACCGCCCUCUGCCCCUCUGCCCUGGUGUGCAGCACCCCCCUACCCUGGCCGAGUGCCCCCCAUGGGGUAGCCACCGCCUCUGGGCUCCUGCUAGUUGGGUGGCCUCGGCAUUGUCCCCGUUCUCUUAGGUGGGGCCGUGGGCCUGUGUCUUGGUGUCAGAUUUGCACAAACUGCUAGUACCUUCUGGGACUCCAGGCUACCAGCAAGGCCCUCCGUGCAGCUGAUGGGGACUGGCCAGCAGAUGCCAUGUGGACGCUACCCCUUGGCCCGUGGCUGUAGACCCGCUGCGUGCAGUCAGCCUCCUGCACUGAUCCACACAGCCUCCAGGAGGCCCCAGCAGCUCUGGUGUCAGCACUGCCCCACGCUGUCCUGCGACCUUCCCGACAGGGCCCCGCAUCGUCCCCAGGGGUCUGGGCCAUCUCUGCCACCUGGAGGUGCCUUUGGCCUCUCGGAGUCCGCCCUGCCCACCUGGAGCCCUCAGCAGCGCGGCCUUGUCCCCCACGGCCUUGCCCUGCCCUCCUCCUCGGGUGACAUGGCCCUGCCGCCCUACCGUCGCCAUGCGCCACAGGGUGCCACCCUCCUGCCUUCUCCCUUGGAUACUGGAGCUGCUGCUGGAGGCCGGGGAUGGUCGUCCUCAGCCGGGGCCUGGAGCAAGCGAGACCUCGAAGCCCGGCUUACGGCUCGUGGGCCCAAGGGAGGCGUUUGGGCACAGCAGCUGUCUCUUCCGUUGUCCUAAAGUUUACUUCAUCUUGAACCUUC